AUGAUCGACUCGGCUUCUGGGGUUGCCUAUGGUCGCGGCCAGGGCCAGGGGAACCGUCAAGCUAGACAAUCGGUCUCUCAGCAACGCGUCCCCAGAGAUAACCUUGCUUCUCGUGUCAGGAACCUUCGACUGUCCACUCAGGAGUUCAGCUCCACGCCCACCCAGACUAUCCCCCCGUCUAUCUCCCAGGUCUUGCCUGCUAUACCUGAGUCCACUCAAGCCAGCUUCACUCGAGCUAUGGAGGCUCUGGCUCCCGAAAUACGAGCCGAAUUUCAACCGGAGUUCUCUCGAAUCCUUCUCCGAUUCUUGGGCUUCAGAGCCGACCCGAGAUCCUGGACCGAGGAGCCUCGGUGGAAGUCAACCAAAUGUGAUGCAUUCGAUAGUGACCAAGAGACGAGAAAUGCCGCUAUUUUCAUGUUCGGCGAACGCAAGGAGCUCCAAGCUCGUGAACUGGGUCUUUUCACUAUUGGCCUCCGGACGACUCCGACUAUGGGCGACGAGAAUGUUUAUCGCACUGUCCUGGUUGAUGACUUGCCCUGCGGUGUGCACAUUCAAGAUGUUCUGGCAAACGUCACCGGCGGAAUAAUUGAGAAGGCCAUCUUGGCCAAGACCGAACCCAUCACCGGACAUCCGUCCGUCAUGAUUCGCUUUGUUCACCAGGAUGGGGCUCAGGAAUUCUUGCGCCGUUGCCGAGGUCGGCUCUUUAUCAAGUACGGCCGUGUCCGGGUGCGCCAGGUCGGAACGCCGACCUUUCCCGCCUCUGUGCAGCUGGAGCGAGAGAUCGCAGAAGGGCGUACUCGUUGCCUGAAGGUGCGUACGAAUCUCGAGGAUGUCUCGGAAAUCACACGCCAUGUUUUGCGGGAGCGCAUUUGGACCAAGCACAUCGAGGGGUUUUUCGACGAGAACGUGGAGACCGGCUGCAUGUCUAUUCGACUCACUUCGAUUGCAUGGGCCAUUAAGGCUUACAACAUUUUGCGCCUUCCUGGCGGUAUCAAGCGAGGCGUGAACGCAACGAUCACCUUCGGAAAAGACCCGUGUGAUGUCUAA